GGAGUUCGGCGGUCAGGAAGUGUUGCUCUCAUUCACUGUUUAGCCGGAAUAUCACGCAGUCCUACAUUAGCCAUAUCCUAUGUAAUGCGAUACAAGAAUAUGUCCUCUGAAGAUGCUUAUAGAUUGGUGAAGGAGAAGCGGCCGUCAAUAUCUCCAAAUUUCAAUUUCAUGGGUCAACUGCUUGAAUACGAGCAGCUACUAAUCAAAAAGGGCCUCUUAUCGGCAGAGGCCUCAUCAAAGCGGGUAGAUCGGCCACUUUCACUUAAACAAGAGUUUGAUGCGGAGGACACAGACCCGACCACCGCACCAGCAACGAAAGUGCCGAAAUCAGCCUCGACUCAUUGUGUGUUCUUCGAUCGGCCCCGUGACUUCUCCGCAAUCACCUCAGCACGAGUAAAUGAGAACGGCAAACGUGGACUAAAUGAUUCAUUGGAUCGUCCGAAAGUACUCGGCCUUUAUAACGCGGAUACUAAACGACACGUCGCUGAAGAGUUGCCUUCGCCGUCGACGGAAUUGUCUAAGCUGACCUUUGCCGGCUGCCUUCCGUCCCCCUCCUCACCCGUAGUAGAGCAUGUGAAUCUCUCACUGUCAAAUCCUUGCUUCGUCUCUCCAACAAGGGAAACGCCAGAAGCAGAGAUUAAACAUACGGAAGAAUGUGAGACGAGUCGGCGCAAUUACUUCAAGCAUCGGAUUGUGUCCUUUUUCAAGGUGAGCCUAGUUGCUACCAAGGCUUUUUUAAGAAAUCAAUCAGUGCUAAAAUAUGGAGAGUCAAAGCCAUGUCGCUUCGCCUUAAACCCCAUCUAA